AUGGACAGCGGCUGUUUCGCGGCGGCGCAGCGUCUUUCGUGCCACAACAUGAACGUGGAUUUACUAAAGCCCGUUCCGGACCACGGAGCCCAACAGCCCUCCGGCCCGGCGAGGAACGCCAGGAAUAAAGCCGAGCCGAGCAAACCCGAGCUGGCUCAGGUGGUGACGGACACCAAAACGGGGAGAUCUUACAGUAAAGGGAAGCUUCUGGGAAAGGGGGGCUUUGCUCGGUGCUACGAGAUGACAGACCUGUCCAACAACAAAAUGUAUGCUGUGAAGGUGAUUCCACAGAGCAGGGUGUCCAAACCACACCAGAGGGACAAGGUUAGCCUCAUAUCUUUUUGGGGAUCUUGGUUGGAGAGGAAGGAAAACAUGAUUACGAAUGAGAUCGAACUGCACAGAACCCUGUCACACAAGCACGUGGUGAAAUUCUCCCAUUACUUCGAAGACCAAGAAAACAUCUACAUAUUCCUUGAGCUCUGCAGUCGGAAGUCCCUGGCGCACAUUUGGAAGGCGAGACACACGCUGACGGAGCCAGAGGUGCGCUAUUACCUCAAACAGAUCAUAUCCGGCCUCAAGUACCUCCACAGCAGGGGCAUCCUGCACCGCGAUCUCAAACUAGGCAACUUCUUUGUGAAUGAGAACAUGGAGCUGCGGCUGGGCGACUUUGGGCUGGCUGCCAAACUGGAAACGGUGGAGCAGAGAAAAAAGUACACACUAAUGUGUGGCAACCCUCCAUUUGAGACUCUUGACUUGAAAGAAACCUACAAGUGUAUAAAGGAAGUUCGGUACAACCUGCCCUCAUCGCUCUCCCCCGCUGCACAGAAACUCAUUUCAGGCAUCCUGCAGAAAAACCCCAGUGACAGACUCACCCUGGAUCAAAUCCUCAGCCAUGAAUUCUUCAAAGGUUACACUCCUGACAAACUCCCCCCCAGCAGCUGUAUGAUGGUGCCAGAGCUCCAUCCUCCUAGUCCGGCCAAGAAGUUCUUCACUAAAAUGGCAAAGAGCCUCUUUGGCAAGAGGAUGACAAAAGUGGAGAAGAUUCCAUGUGAGGAAAAAGAUGACAAGGAUAUUUCAAAGCUUGUGUCAGGCAUUGUCAAAUGCUCCAUCAACCGACAGAUCAGCUACAAAACAGUGGAAGCCAAUGAGGUGGCCUCUCCCACUGGUCAGGUCAUCAGUCCUGUGCCUCUGGAACACACUCCGGCCGAGGAGGAAUCCAGGAAGUCCAUGUCACGCUCCUUUAAAGGGACAAUGGCCAGCAGCUCAGAACCCUGUGAGGAUGUCCUGACCCCUGCAGCUGUUUCUGAAGCAGCUGUGAAAGUUCUCAACAACUGCUUGGCCAACAUGCCUGCAGCUAACAGAAACCCACCAUGCUUGUCCAGACCUCAGUCGUUCCUGUGGGUGACUAAAUGGGUUGACUACUCGAACAAAUAUGGGUUUGGCUACCAGCUUUCAAACCAAAGCAUAGGUGUUCUCUUCAAUGAGGGAACCCACCUUAGUCUUUGUGACCAACGCAAAACGGUUCACUACUGCUUGACUAACAACGAACACUUCGCUUUCCCAACCAACGCCCUACCUGUGCAGCUUCGUAGCCAGAAGCGAAUCGUAGACCACAUGGCCAACUAUAUGGAACAGAACCUUAUGGAGGGUGGAGAUCUGCAAUGCGAUGAAGCACUUUCGGGUCCUCCCCCUCUGCUUCUCCAGUGGGUAAAGACUGACCAUGCUCUUGUCAUGCUCUUCAACAAUGGCACUUUACAGGUUAAUUUCUACACAGACCACACAAAAAUCAUCCUGUGCAAGUCAUCCGACGACUCGUACUUGCUCACCUACAUCAGUCGGGAGCGCGUCUCGUACACAUACCUCCUCAGCAUGCUGAAUGAGAUGGGCUGCACCUCUGAGCUCCGUCACCGCCUCAGAUACGUGGUCCAGCUGCUCCAGCACAACAAAGAUGCCUGA